AUCACUGAUCUCCGCACGUACGCCAGGUGUAUAAAAGCAUUCCUACGCUGCAGAAUCAAGACACCGGCUCCCGACACUCUAGAAUCCAAGAUGCGGAAAGGACAAAUCAACCUUACCGUCUGCUUUGUAGCAGUGGUAGUCUUGCCGUCAUCUUUCGGAUUAAUCGAAGAAAUGAAAACACCACGUGACAUCCUAGAAUGCUUGAUAUACAAGUCUCAAAACACGUCCAUUGGAGAAGUAUCAGGACGAAUCAUCCAAGAUUUCUGUAUCCGAAAAUACACCCUAGAUACCCAAAGCAGUAAAGAGAAUUUUGCCAAAAACAUCACUACGGAAGGAGUACAAUACUUAAAGUCCCUUUUUCGGCAGCUGGAGUCUGAGGUGCGCGAACAGAAGAGAGGGAAAAGGCAACUGGAAACCUGGAGGUACCGGAGGGAGAUUCGAACUCUUUCUCCCGCCGAACGAAACAGGGUUUUCCGGUGUUUCAGAAGACUUAAAGGCGAUUAUUCAAUUGACCGAGGAAUGAGCACAUACGAUCUUAUAGCUUCCCUCCACUCCGGACAAGCUGCUAGAAUGAUGCACAACGGUCCUGGAUUCUUACCCCGUCACAUGCUUUACGUACUUCUGAUGGAGACAGCUUGUCGCACACCCCUUCCAUACUGGGAUAUGACCACUGACAGUGAAAUGAUGGACCCAACUCGAUCUAUUGUCUGGUCUGAUCUCUUCUUCGGUCCUGGAAACGGUCCCGUUUUGACAGGGCCUUUUGGACGAUUCAGAACACCUACUGGUUCUCCAAUAAUAAGAAACAUUGGAUCAGGUGGUGCGUCUUUGGCAAGAAAAGCCGGUAUUAGAGCUAUGCUAUCCAGAAGAAGAACAUUCGAGAUCACCGAACCCCAACAUGCUCAGAGCAUAUUCUCCAUAGAAGUUCAUCACAAUGGCGUUCACAAUUGGAUUGACGGUUACAUGUCCGGACUGAACACCGCCUCCUGGGACCCAGUUUUCUGGUUCAUCCACUCCUUCUUCCAACUUCUGUGGGUUGCCUUUAGAAACGGACAAAGAGCCAGCGGCAUCAACCCAGAGAGGGAUUACCCUAGAGGUAUCAGAGUCCCACGAGGUCAUGAAUUCUACCAGAGAAUGAAUUUCAUGCCUUUCAUGAGACGGAUGACAAAUUUGGAAGGGUUUUCUAACAGAUAUGACCGAAUCGUACGAUACGCCCCCAUGCCGAGAUGUCCAAACUGUGGAGGCAGCGGUUACUUCAGGUGUCUGCGAGGUGUGUGCGUUCCAUCAUCCAACAGACGACAACCAAUAAUCUUCAGAGGAAAGCGAAGUGUCGGCGCUAAGGAGGAUCAGCUAGCAGAUGAAAAUGUCAAUCCAAACACAACCAACUUAAUCCAAUCAAACGAAGCUGCCUUGUCGACACUUAACAAACCAUACCAAAACACAUUCAUGAUUAACGGAAAAAUUGAUGAAGAUGCAUGGGCUUACGUUCCAAUCAGAGUGUUGUACGAAAGACCAAAGGGUUUCAACUUCCAUACGACAUCACCAAGAGCAACACAAAGAGAUAUGUAUGAUCCAGAAAACUUUAAAAAGGCUGCACAGAAAAUAGGCCUACAAAAUCAGGUUAAAUACACGCAUCAAUGUGUGCCUUCAGGCUCAGGUGCAGCUAAGGUCUUUGUCCAGUCUAGUGGACUCAAUUACGCUGGAACUUACAAGGAUUAUGCAAUUGUUGACGAAAGACAACCGGUGACGUCAGCCAUGACGUAUAUUGGAUUUAAAAAGCCUUUGGAUUCUGACUCUGAAGUUAUCCUUACAGCUUAUGACACUUGUGGGCGCAUUUGUCGACCUGCUUGUCCCGUCUAUAGCCAACAUCGUGAAUCCUACAAAGCUUGUUCAGGGAGCUUUCGAAUGUCAUCAAGGUCACCGCUUAUGUUUAGUUCAACCUAUGGAGGCGCGGUAACAAAUGCUUGGAAUGUGAGGGAAAGAAUGGAACCCGGAUGUCAGAGUAAAUCUUUACCAAUUACAUUUGUAUGUGAUCAUCAAAAUUCCUGGCCUUGGGGAUCAAAACUGUGAUAAAUCCAAGAUUAGCUUUAUAAAGUUUUUCGAACGAGUCAUUUUAAUGAAGUUUUGAACAAUGAAUCUUUUAAGAAAAUUGUGGAAAUAUUGUGUAAAGAUUUUCGAAAGCUAAGGUUUUAUUAAGGUAAUAAUUUGUUGUAUAGCAAUUAGAAUUGUUAUCUCUUUGAGAAACACCUCCAAAUUAACUGAUCUCAUUCAAAAGAGCUUGUUUACAUAUGUAUUACUUAAUUCAAGUACAUGUACAUGUAAAAUAUUCAAAGUUGCUAUUUUGUUUUGAAAAACGUAUUUGAAAUUUGUAUUACUGCUGAUUGUAUCUACUCACAAUGAGUAUUCUCCUUCCCUCCAUUUGCGUAUUUGAGUAUGCAAGUCUUUCAUUUGUAUAAUUUAUUUGUUGUAUGAAUGUGUGAAACUAUAUGAUCUGAGGUUUAGUUUUUUAUGUUUUGUAAAUAUGGAAAUAAAUCAGAAAAUUUAA